AUGGAUGUGGAUGCUAUGUCCGAUGAUGGAAGUGAAGAGGAAGCCAGAAGGAAAAGUAAAAACCGAAGAGCCAAACCCCAACGCAAAGCCAAAAAAACUAGUGAUGAUGAAGAAGACGAAGAUGAGGACGAAUCACCAAAAAGACGAGGCCGGAAAAAGAAAAAGCGAGACAGUGAUGAAGACGAGGAGGAAGACGACAGGAAUGUAAAAGGCAAAAGGUCCAAAGGUGGAAGAAAGAAGAAAGCCAAAGAAGAGAGCGAGGAGGAGAGUGAGGAGGACAACAAGAAGAAGAAAAAUGGUCGAAACGGCGGCAAAGGCGUGUCCAAGAAGACAAAAGAAGAGCAGAACAAGGACAAGAAAGGCAAAGGGAAAGGAAAAGACAAAGGGAAAGACAAAGGGAAAGACAAAGGAAAAGCAGACAAGAAAAAGAAGGGCAGAGAAGCCCAAGAGUUUGUGGAAAAGUUUGAAGGCAGUCUUGGGAAAGGGAAAGGCCGGAAGUGGUAUGCUUAUAAAGUCAUGAUGACAAAGAAACUAAUCAAAUUCAAACGUGACUUUGAAAACUUCAAAACUGCUUGUAUACCCUGGGAAAGAAAGAUAAAAGACGUAGAAAGUCACUUUGGAUCUUCAGUGGCUUCGUACUUUAUUUUCCUGCGUUGGAUGUAUGGACUUAACCUGAUUCUAUUUGGAUUCAUGUUUGGGUUGGUCGUACUGCCUGAGGUUCUUAUGGGUCUCCCUUAUGGCUCCAUUGCAAGAAAGACAGUCCCCAGGGCGGAGCAGGACACAGCCAUGGACUACUCAGUUCUCCUAGACUUUAGAGGGUACUGCAAAUAUUCCUUUCUUUUCUAUGGCUACUAUAACAAUGACCGGAUGAUUGGAGUGCUACAGUUCAGGCUGCCUCUGUCGUAUCUGCUUGUGGGAGUGGGCAUAUUCGGAUACAGCCUGAUGGUUGUUGUCAGAACGAUGGCUCGAAAUUCAAACGAAGGAGGUGAAGGAGGAGAAGACAAUCAGUUCACCUUUAGUUGGAAAAUGUUCACAAGUUGGGAUUAUCUGAUUGGAAAUCCUGAAACCGCAGACAAUAAAUUUGCCUCCAUUACAACAAGCUUCAAGGAAUCCAUUGUAGAUGAGCAGGAGAAUCAAAAAGAUGAAAACAUCCACUUGCGUCGUUUUCUUCGAGUUUUGGCAAACUUCAUGAUUCUGUGCAGUCUGGGGGGGAGUGGGUUUCUCAUCUACUUUGUUGUGAAGCGUUCUCAAGAGUUUGCGGAGAAGGAUGACGAUGAUAUCUCUUGGUUGGAAAAGAACGAGGUUGAGAUUGUCAUGUCUCUUCUCGGCCUGGUGUGCCCUCCGCUAUUUGAAACUAUUGCUGAAUUGGAAGACUAUCAUCCUCGAAUUGCUCUGAAGUGGCAGCUUGGGCGCAUCUUUGCUUUGUUCCUGGGAAAUCUUUACACUUUUCUCUUUGCCUUGUUUGAUGAAGUCAAUGCAAAGUUGGAAAAAGAAAAACUCAUCAAGAAUUCCACUAUUUGGGCCUUGGAUGAAUACUACGCUAACUACAGCAGUUAUCACAAUACAACAGAUAUUCCUCCACCAAACGUUCACCCUGCUGAUGUAAUCCGCGGCCCAUGUUGGGAAACUGGAGUGGGAGUAGAAUUUGUGAAGCUUACUGUUUCAGACAUGCAAGUGACCUAUUUGACGAUUCUCAUUGGAGAUUUUGUAAGAGCGCUCUUUGUGCGCUUUCUCAACUACUGCUGGUGCUGGGAUCUAGAGGCUGGAUUUCCUUCCUACGGGGAGUUUGACAUUAGUGGCAAUGUACUGGGGCUCAUCUUCAAUCAAGGAAUGAUAUGGAUGGGAGCCUUCUAUGCCCCUGGUCUGGUGGGUCUGAACGUUCUUCGCCUCCUGACCUCCAUGUACUAUCAGUGCUGGGCUGUGAUCCUUUUGCCUGUUGUCUACACCAUCAUGACUUUACCUCCAUCUUUUGACUGCGGACCAUUUAGUGGUCAGGAGAAGAUGUACGACAUUGUUAUGGAAACCAUAGAAAACGAUCUCCCUGCCUUUAUAGGAAAUAUAUUCACAUAUGCCACAAACCCUGGCCUGAUCAUGCCUGCAGUUCUUCUUAUGAUUCUGGCUCUUUACUACCUUAAUACAACCUCAAAAGGAUACCAACAAGCAAACUUUGAUCUUAAACGGAAAAUGCAAAUGGCCCGAGAUGAAGAAAAGAACAGAAGAAACAACAAGGACAGUACAAACCAAGUGAUGAAAGACUUAGAGGCACUGCUCCCGAAUAGGUCUUUGGCUCCUCCACCAGAAGAGGAAGAACCCCCUCCAGAGGUGGUAGUUGAUAAAGGGAGUAAGUCACCCAAAACAAAGAAAAAGAAAGAAAAGGGCGAGAAAGAGGUGGAUUUACAAAAGGAUGUCUCCCUGGCGGCUCAGAACCCCAAAGGUGCAGUGACUCGGGCCCCAGGGCCUCGAGGGGCUCCUGCUGCCAACACUAAAGGCACUCAGCCUGGGAAAGAGCGCAGCCGAGGAGGGCCCAGAUAA